AUGCUUAAUGUCAUCCUUCGUGACCGCAAAUGGGAUCAGACACAAAAGCUGAGAGACAAAGUUGUGAUGUUGUUUCAUGAUUACCAGAGAGUUGGUCGAGAAAUCAAGGAGAAGUACAAAGAAUAUGUGAAGAAACAGCAACAAGAAGUCCGAACCGAAACAAGAAUAGUGAAUCCCUCCCGAGAUGAGGAAGAGGAGAAGGAAGAUUGGGACAAGGAAACUGAGGUAGUUGAUGUCGUAGAAGAGCCUGCACCCAGGAAGGAGUUCCGGGCACGAGGCGGAGGUGGACAGGGACGAAACAGAGGCAGGGGGCUGAAAAGGGAGGGAGGCAGAGGCAGAAGAGAUUAUCACAGAGACUUUGAACAAGGAGCUAGUCGAGGAAGAGAUAGAAACGAGAGGGAAGGUCAAAAGAGAGACGGAAGUCAUCGUAACUUUAACAAAGAUGAUCUUCCUCCUAGGUUUCAGAGGAUGCAGCAGCAGAAAAAUCAGAAACUAAAUGAACAGUAUCAGCAGAGGAGGCACCAGGUGCCUUACUGAUGCUUCCACAGGCAGACAACAGAUGCAAAUAAUUGUCACAUUGUUACAAGUUCAGUUGGAAAGGAACUAAGCAAUUAGUGAAUAUAUGGUUAUAAUUUUCUUGAAGAGAACACACCUUGGCUUCUUACUGGAAUUUGGAAUGUUUUAAAGUUUACAUGUUUCUUCCAUGACACAUCGUGAAGCAUUGAACAAGCAACCUGUGCGUCACUGAGUAGAUGAAUACAGAUAGGUAAGACACACUCAGUCUUACAAAUGUAUGUUGAUUUCUUGCAAGAAAUUUUGACAAAGUAGCAGAAUAUUUUGUUAACAAAACAUGUCAUUGACAGUAGAGAUUUUCAUCAUAGGUGACUUUACACAAGUGAUCAGGGAGAUAUGAUGUUUGUACAAGCAAGAAAUCAUUUUGUCUUAAGUGACGUUAUUCUCAUGAACAUUUGUGCUUGGUCAAAGGGUAUGUUUUUGCUGUUGGAAAACCUACACUGCUUAAAGAAGUUAAUUUAGUAGAUGUAAUGUAUUGAUAAUUAGCCAUUAGUUGUUCAAUUCAAAGUUUUCUCCAGUUUCUUGCACAAAGCCAGUGUAUGAAAUAAGCCAAAACCCCAGCCAGACAUCAGGGCUGGUAACUUCAAAAUGUUACCAGUCCAAAAUGGAUUUAACAAGACCAGACACCAAGAUAUGACUCAUGUAUGUAACAUCUCAAUUUUUUACCAGACCAUCAGGCUGGCUAGCUGUAAAUCUAGACCGUCCGUCUGAAAUCUAACCCGUCUCGGGCGGUCGGACGGGCCUUAUUUCAUACACUGACAAAGCUAUUUCACUUAUAAUCAUGUGCUCAACAUCUAAGCCCUCCAUCACUUCAGCUUUUCCUCCUCAGCUGUGAUUUUACUGAAGUACCAUGGUGGUGUUAAACCCAACUCACUGGAGAAUAUCAAGGUUAAUCAUUGAGAAAUUCUCUUCAAUUCAUAGUUUGUAAAUAUUGUUUAUGUGCCUUCUCAGACCAUUUCACCUUUGUGAAUGUUAAUUGGGGUAAGACGAGGCAAGUUUUAUGCUCUGUACUUUUGUUGGAAUUAUGAGAUGAGGACUGUUAUUGUGCCCAUGCUUGGCAUGAGUGAGUGGUUGGCUCUGAGUCUGUAAACUGAGCCUUGCUUCAAAGUCCGAAGUAUGGUUAGUACAGUUAAACAUUCAUUUGUCUGGCCUGGUACAAGCAUUCACACACUCAAGUCAUGCUAUACAAGUGCAGUAACCUUGAAUGAAACAUUGUACCUCUAUUUUGUCUUGCGUGCUUCACAUCAAAGUGGUGUGGGUGUGCAGUGUAUGCUAAAGAAAACAGUUUCUCAUGGUGUGCCUCCAUAAGUAUGACUAGAUUUGUUUUCAUGUAAGCAACUAUUUCUACUCAAAACUUCUUUUUGAAAGUGUCAUUUGGAUUACUGCAAAUUUAACUUGCCUGAUAUUGAUACAUGGAUGUCAGUUUCUCUGAUGUUUUGUUAUGGAUGUCUGUGGACUACAUAUUUUGGUAUUGCCAUUUACUAGUGAAUCCUCAUGGACUAACAAAUUCUGGAUCCAUGAAUUGUCCAUUGAAGUAAUGUUCCUUUGGAUUAUUAUUAAUGUUCUUUUCCUGAUUAUAAGGAAAUUAGUCUUGAGUCAACAAGGUUUUACUGUGUUUGUAUGUUAUAAGUGCGAUGUCGUUACCAUUUUGGGAGGAACAUUUCUGGAUAAGAAAAGGUGGAAAGGUUUUAUACAUUUGAGGAAAUGUAUUACAUUGAAAGAUUGUGAACCUUCUUGUCUCUAUUUUUGUCUUGGUUUUUUGUGUCUCGAAAACUUUGCCUCCAUGAUGUCAACAAGUCAAAAGAAAUACUUUGCUUGAAAGCCUUUUGCCUUAUUGCCUUACACAUGGAAGUGUACACUUGCCCCCAGGGUUCAACAAAUGUUAUUAUUCAAUGGUUAAACAGGAUGUCAAUGGUGCAAGUUUCCUUGAUCCAACAUUGAUUAGCUAUGCUGUUUUGAAAAGUAGUUUUGAAAUUUUUUUUUGCUUUUUCUUUCUUCUGUUUGUUUCGUUUUCAGUUUGAUCACAUCCUCCGUUCUUUAAGUUCUGCUGACAACUGACACAUUAGAAGACUGACGUAUCAGUUUGACCUUCUUGUCAGUCUAUCUCUGUGGUAUAAUUGCUGUAAGUUCCUUUGCCUGCUGGACUAGAAUAUUUGUUGAACCCUGCCAGAGUGAGUAUUAGUACUCCUCAAACAGUGGUGGUUCAUAUCAGUAACUCAUCAGUUCAGUCAGCGUCAUUUAAGACAUUGUUGUGUGCCUUAGCUACAAAUAUGCAUUGAGAAUAACCAUGAAGUGAUCUCAUGAUUAUGUUUUAUCUCCAGAAGCAACUUGCUUCUGACAGUACUAUAUGGUAUUGAUACACACUUUUCUCACCAGCAAUAGUGUACAGACUACAGAAGCAAGGUCUUUCAAAUCUGCACAUGAUGCAGACAUUUGUCAUAAGUCUCAGAAUGUAUAUCCUGCAUGUCUGAUCACAACUAACUACAACAGCUUCAAAGUUUUUUCACCUCACUUUGAGCUGUUCCAAUGAGGCCAUGAUAAAUAACUAUGAGAUUUUCAUCCACAUUUAUCCUCUGUUGAUAGCCAGGGACUAGUGAGGUGGAGUAUUUAUUUGUAGUGAUGGAAAUUUAAGUGUAAGCAGCGUGAUACAGAUUUUAGAUAAGCAAAUUUUGAUGUUAAACUUUUAUGCUCUGUAUGACCUCAUUAUUCUUGCUUAUUUGCAGUUCUAAUGUCAUGCUUCAUAUAUUUAGCAACCCAUGUUUGUGUUAAUAGCUGACCAACAGGAUCGGGUGGUCAGACCUGCUGACAAGCUCUCAGGAUCGUGUGGUCAGACCUGCUGACAAGCUCUCAGAAUUGCACAGAUUGAUGCAAAUGAUGUUGAUCAAUGGAUUGUCUGGUCCAGACAUUAAACCGCUACCAUACAGCAGGAAUGUAGCGUGAAACUAUAAACAAAUCAUUUAUUCAUUGUGACGGUGAACACUGAUCAUGGUUCUUGGUUUGUCAGCUCUGUACUCCACCUCUGGAUCCGCCAGGUUAUGUCCAACUCCUAUGUGAAAUAUAUCAACACCCUUAAUUGAGAUCUGUAGCACAGGACAGAAAGAGGUUGUAUCUUUAAGUUGCAUUUUUGAAGCUGUAGCAUCAGCAAAAACUAAUCACGUGAUAGGUACAACAAUCUGUACCAAAAUGUUGCUUUGAAAGCAUAUAAAAUGUUCCAUUCAUUGCCAACCCUGUCUUAAAGGAGGAAUAGGUUGUGUUGAGUUACAAACAUCUUUACCAAAAUGUUUCAUUGUAAGAAUAAAACAUGUUUCAUUCUUUGUCAACUUCGUCAAGGAUUAUCUAUAGGUUGUGUAAACAUAUGGGCCAACAAAAAGUGAUGGUCGUUAUCUAAAGGAAACAUUACAGAUUAACCCAACAAUCCAGUGAUUUAGGCUUGUUAAUACAUCUUUUUCCUUCCCAUCAACCACCCUAACUUAUAAUGUUUGUAAUAUGUAUAUAUUUUGUAUUAGUGGGACAUUGCUUUUGAUUAAAGAACACAUUUGUGAAA